AUGUUAUCGUAUUUUCAAAAAUGCUACAGUUUGGCCCAUACAACAUUUCACUUCCAAUUGAAUGCAGUCAGAGGCCCCAAAAUUGUACAUCCCAGGAACAUAAUUCGAUACUGGAAAUACGCCAAAGGGGAUAAGGUGAAGGUAAUAAGCGGGAGAGACAAAGGGAAGAUUGAUGAAAUUAUCCAAUGCGAUAGGCUGAGGAAUCAAGUAAAGGUUAGGGGCUGCAACAUGAGGAAGAUGGUUAUAAAUGGGAAGAGAGUGGAAAUUGAGAAGAAGAUUCACUACUCAAAUGUGCAACUCAUAGACCCUACAAUAAACGAACCCACGAGAAUAUCACUUAAAUUUGACGAAAACAACAACCCAAUAAGAGUUUCAAAGAAGAGUGGCUCAGUGAUCCCUUGGCCAGAUAAAAAAGAAAGGGAAUUUAAAACAUACGAAGAUGGGAUUAAAGACACGGCACCAGAAGUGGCUUUAGCCAAAACGUACGAUUAUAGAAAGGACGUAGAGAUGAUGCGUUUUGUGCGGCAAACAAUGACAAAAUACAAUCGCGAUCAAUAA